AUGCACUGCUUGGAACCCUUCAUGGACGUUGAAGUCUCAAAAUCUUCUAUUAUAUUGGGUUGCGUCGAGGACGGUGUGUAUGAACGGGAGCUGUUCAGGUCGAAACAGUGGACACCGUUCGAGUCGCGAGCGGGCGGCACACCGGCCUGGUUGGUGCCGCUCCCCGCUGGCCUAGCCACGAAAAGAUUACGAUGCGGCUCGUGCAAACGACAACUUCGUUUCCUUUUGCAAGUGUACGCGCCCCGGGGGCACAAUGCGGCGGCGUUUCAUCGCGUGUUGUACUUGUUCAUCUGUGCGUGGUGCGCUAGUCGAUCCGCCGACAAUUCAGGCGCUGCUCGAGUAUACAGGGUGCAGCUGCCACAGCACAAUAGCUGGUACCCAGAUCAAGUCGAAGACCUGGAAGCGUUGCGUCGGUACCCUGCGAACUUGUCGGCGGGGUUGUCGGGGCUUGAUCCGCCUCCGUCGCCACACCGGGGUGCUGCCGCUGACACCGCCAGUUUUGAUGCGCUUCAAGCGGCCGCUGCAGUGGCUCCGCAGCAAACAGCAGAGCAGACGCGUGUAGGCGGAACAAGUUCGCGGCGAGCACACGCAGCAUACGACAAAUCUGGGGCGGACGCAACCAUCUCUGAGGAGCCCUCUCUCGGCUUCCCGGCGGUCGAAAUUCUCGUCGACUGGGACAGCGACUCCGAGCACGACAGCGGCGUCAUCGACGACCAAGUUGAAGAAUCGGAACUCCGUGUGGUGAACGUAGACGCAGAGGAUGCUGCACCUACAAAAGAGCAUGCAUGCUCGGCAGCAGAAUGGAUAUCAUUCAUAGAAACAAUCGAGACAGAGCAAAACUUACGCUGUUCUGAUUUGUCGGAUGCACUUGCAUUCGAGCAGGCGCUUGGGAGCCAUCGAAACCAAGUCAUUCGAUACCUGCCCUUGCAUGAUCGUCUUGCGAUGAUCGCUGUGAACAACCCGCAAAAGCUAGCUACGAUUUCGAAUCAGCAGAUCCUGUGGUUCGGAUCCAAGUCGAGGCUUGAAGCCGCACAGGUGCCUCCUUGUGGCCUCUGCGGCAUGCCACGAGUUUUCGAAGUGCAGGUCAUGUCGCAGUUAAUUUAUUAUCUCUGCCGGGAGUCGGAAAACGAACUGGAACCUGCGGAACAGUGCCCUACUCAGACGCCGGCGACACGUGGAGUGCGUUCCGAAGACCCGCGUGCUGUUUUGGAUUUCGGAACGAUUGCGAUCUGGACCUGCCCGCGAGACUGUGUACCGUCGAGCUCGGAAAUUUGUCCCGAUGUGCAAGACAAAAGUUUGCCGCAUCCUUAUGUCGAGGAGUUUGUCUACGUGCAGCCAGCGAUUGGGGAAGCGUAG